AUGUUCAACCCCAAGUACGAAGAAAGGGAGGCGCAUGCAGUUAACUCUGAACACGAGAAGAAUAUCCCGAACGACGAGGAGAGAACCUGGCUUACGAUCCGUUCGCUUGCCAAGGGGCCGCUCUCCAGAUUCGCAACAGGAAAUCUCGAAACGCUAAGCACAGCUCCGAAGCGAAAAGGCAUUAAUGUCGUCGUUCGUCUUAAAGAUUUCCACAGAAAGUAUUACUGUGCGUCGAACAUGCCCAAUCCAGCUGCGAUGAAUGAGGUGGCGCGCCUGGCGCAUAAUCUUCUCACCUAUGAACCGUACCACGUUCUCGCUGGUGACGUUCUGCUAGCGGACCCUGAUGCCACAUUUGUUAACCAGCUGCUGGCUAAAAUGACUCCAGAGCAUGCAAUCGUAGCUUUCUCAGACCCUCAGUUCAGGCGGAAUACGGAGUCAUUCGAUGUUGAACCGUUUUACGGUGUUGAGUUCAAGAUCAAUGACCUACCAAAGGAACAGCUGAUGGCCCUUAAAUCAGUGACACCAGCACCGGGAACCUACAAAGUUCCACCAGCACUAAAACACGUUCCUCGUCCAGAAGAUCUCCAUCUGCGACCGAACAUUGGUGGAAUGUCGAUUCCUGAGCUUCUGGGCGAGAGUAACACAUCUGGAGGUCAUUCCGUUUGGUGGCAAGGCCAAGGGACUCUACCGGUGCCACGAGUACAUGCCAACAUAAAAGCGAGAACAGCCCGAAACCAGACGAACAUGAAAUCAAGGACACAAGCGACAUUGUUGAUGGAGGCCAUCGGAGAGCAGCUGGACGAGGCAACAGUCGAUUUGAAACAAUGCGGUAUCUCUCACAGCGCUGGAGUAUCUGGCGACGGCCUCUAUUUGACGUUUGCUGCGUACACGCCGCAGCAACUCCGCCAGGUGAUGGCGGUUGUCGCCUCACAAAUCAAAGAUCCGCGCGUAGAGCAGGACCGUUUUACUCGAAUCAAGCAGAGGAUGAUUGAGGAAUUGGAGGACUCCGCUUCUCAGGUCGCAUAUGAGCAUGCUAUUGCAGCUGCAUCCGUUUUGCUUAGGAACGACGCUAACAGCCGAAAGGAUCUUCUACGCGUGCUCAAAAGUGACUCCACGUCGCUAAACGAGACCCUCAAGACAUUCAGUGACCUCAAAUCAGUCCACGCGGACGCGUUUAUUAUGGGCAACAUCGAUAAAUCGGAAGCUACGGAGAUUGUCCAGUCUUUUCUCCAGGAUUCUGGAUUCAUACCAAUACCGAUGAAAGAGGCCGCGCAGUCACUUGUCGUGGAGCAAAAGGCGCCGAUUGAGGCUCUGAUUGCCAAUCCCAUCCCCAACGACGUUAACCACGCGACCGUAGUGCAGUACCAACUUGGCGUCCCUUCUAUUGAAGAAAGGGUCAAUCUUGCUGUGUUGAGCCAAAUGCUUAAUCGAAGACUCUUUGAUCGUCUCCGAACGCAGGAGCAGCUCGGCUAUAUUGUCGGGGCGAAUGCGUACAUCGAUUCAUCUGUCGAAAGCUUGCGUUGCGUGUUGGAGGGGUCAAGAAAGCAUCCAGACGAGGUUGCUGACCUUAUUGAGAAGGAACUGCGAGAGAUGGAUGACCAUAUUCAAUCAUUAUCAGACGGGGAGCUUGAACACUGGAAAGAGGCAACUCGAGCCGAACUCGAGAAACCGACGGAAACAUUUUAUGAGGAGUUCGGCCGGUCCUGGAGCCAGAUUGCUAACCACGGGCAUUGUUUCAAUAAGCGCGAACUUGAACUGAUAUACUUAAAAACAAAUUUCAACCGAAAGCAACUGAGCCGGACUUACGCGAAACUGCUCGCACCCACAAGCCGGCUUGUAAGCUCCCUGUCCUGA